UCCUCUCUCUCUCUCUCUCUCUCUUGCAGCUUCUCUGCAAAUUCUGCGUUGCACAGAGCGAAGCAAGAACACAAUGCGACUCUCCCUCAUCCUCGCUCUCUUCCUUCUCUCUCUACGCGCCACCACCCUCUCCCUCAACCAGGACGGCCUCUACCUCCUCCAAGCCAAGCGCGGCCUCUCCGACCCCACCGGCGCCCUCUCCUCCUGGAACCCCCGCGACCCGGACCCCUGCGGCUGGGCCGGCGUCUCCUGCGGCGGGCCCGACCGCCGCCAGGUCACCUCGCUCGACCUUUCCGAUUCCCAGCUCGCCGGCCCGUUCCCGCUCUUCCUCUGCCGCCUCCCCUACCUCUCCUCCCUCUCCCUCUUCAACAACAACAUCAACACCUCCCUCCCGCCCGAUGUGUCCGCGUGCCGCAAUCUCACCCGCCUCGACCUGGGCCAGAACCUCCUGGAGGGCGCCAUCCCCGGGUCGCUCGCCGCGAUCCCGGGUCUCGCCGAGUUGGACCUCUCGUACAACAGCUUCUCCGGCGAGGUGCCGCCGGCCUUCGGUGCGUUCGCUCGCCUCGAGUCGCUCUCGCUCGUGAGUAAUCUCCUUAACGGUACGAUGCCCUCUUUUCUGGGGAACGUUACGAGCCUCAAAAAGCUCGUGCUCGCUUACAACCCGUGGACGCCGAGCGAGUUCCCGAGCCAAUUCAUCAACCUGACGAACCUCGAGGUCCUCUGGCUCGCCGACUGCAGAUUGGUGGGCCCGAUUCCGGAAUCGCUCGGGAGCCUUCCUCGGCUCGGGAACUUGGACCUGUCUCUGAACCGGCUCACCGGGCCGAUCCCGAGCUCGCUCGCCUGGUUGAAGAGCGCCUGGCAAAUCGAGCUCUACAACAACUCGUUGUCCGGCGGGUUGACUCUCGAGUUCUCGAACUUGACGAGCCUGCGGCGCUUCGACGUGUCGACGAACCAGUUGACCGGGGCGAUUCCGGGCGACCUGUGCGACCUGCCACUCAGUUCCCUCAACCUGUUUGAGAACCGAUUCGAAGGAAGUUUGCCGGAAAGCAUUGCCUUGUCGGAGAAUCUAUACGAGCUCAAGCUGUUCAACAACAAGCUCACUGGGUCACUGCCCAGUGAUCUCGGCAAGAACUCGCCGUUACAGAGCCUGGACGUGUCGUAUAACCAGUUUUCGGGAGAAAUUCCUGAGAACUUGUGUGCGCAUGGUCAAUUAGUAGACCUUGUGCUGAUCAAUAACAACUUCUCCAAAACAAUUCCGGCGAGUUUGGGAAAAUGCGAGAGCUUAUAUAGGAUCAGGUUGAAGCAUAAUCAGCUCUCUGGAACAGUUCCCGAAGGAUUAUGGGGAUUGCCUCAUGCGUAUUUGCUCGAUUUGUCAGAAAAUUCUCUUGUUGGGAAUGUUUCCGAUGCACUUUCUGGCGCACGUAAUCUCUCUGUUUUGGAUAUUUCCAGGAAUCUGUUUUCCGGGUUGGUGCCGGACGGUUUCGCACCGUUGACUAGCUUGGUAGAGUUCUCCGGUAGUCACAACAAUUUCAGUGGUCCAAUCCCUGGAAGUUUGGUGGAAUUGAGACGGUUGAGUAAGCUUGAUCUUAGCAACAAUGGACUUUCUGGUGAGAUUCCUGAGGGAAUCAAGGCGUGGAAUAUGCUGAAUGAGCUUAACUUGGCUAACAAUAAGUUGUCCAGUGAAAUUCCGAGUGAAAUCGGCAGCCUGCUGGUGCUUAAUUAUCUCGAUCUAUCCGGAAAUUACUUUUCCGGGAAAAUUCCCUACGAACUGCAGAAUUUGAAGCUCAAUUUGCUCAACUUAUCGAACAAUCAGCUCUCGGGUGACCUUCCACCGAUGUAUGCGAAGCAAGUUUACAAAAAUAGUUUCCUCGGUAACCCAGGAUUGUGUGGGGACCUCCCUGGUCUGUGUCCUGGAAGGAGUGAUGGGAGGAGGAAGGCGAAGUCCUUGUGGAUGCUCACUGUGAUUUUUGCGCUUGCGGCUCUUGUUCUUGUUGUGGGGAUUUCUUGGUUCUAUUGUAAGUACAAGAACUUCAAGAAGACUAGGAAAGUCGCCACCAUGUCCAAGUGGAGAUCGUUUCACAAGCUUGGCUUUAGUGAGCUCGAGAUUGCCGGUUGCCUCAAAGAAGAUAAUGUCAUUGGCAGUGGAGGAUCUGGAAAAGUUUACAAGGUCGAGCUAAGCAAUGGUGAAGUAGUCGCCGUGAAGAAGUUAAGGGGAGUGACAAAGAAAGAGGCUUUGACCUUCGAGUCUGAGAAAGACGGGUAUCAAGUCGAGGUGGAGACUCUAGGGAAGAUCCGGCACAAGAACAUAGUGAGGUUGUGGUGCUGCUGCAACACAGGAGAUUGCAAGCUUUUGGUGUAUGAGUAUAUGCCGAAUGGAAGUUUGGGCGAUGUGUUGCAUGGAAGUAAAGGGAGCUUGCUGGAUUGGAGAACGAGGUACAAGAUCGCGCUUGAUGCAGCGGAGGGGCUCUCAUACUUGCACCAUGAUUGUGUCCCUCCGAUUGUUCACAGGGACGUGAAAUCGAAUAACAUACUGUUAGAUGGCGAAUUCGGGGCUAAAGUUGCCGAUUUUGGAGUCGCGAAAAUUGUCAGAGUUGGCAAUGGAGAAGAACAGAUGUCUGUCAUAGCGGGAUCCUAUGGCUAUAUCGCACCAGAAUAUGCCUAUACACUUCGAGUGAAUGAGAAGAGCGACACAUACAGCUUCGGGGUGGUCAUCCUGGAACUGGUGACCGGAAGACCCCCGGUGGAUCCUGCUUUCGGGGAGAGAGACCUGGUGAAGUGGGUCGGCGCCACCUUAAACCAGAACGGGAUCGACAACGUGAUUGACCCCAAACUCGACGCCAGCCACAGGGAAGAAAUAACCAAGGUUCUCGACGUCGGCCUCCUCUGCACUCAUUCGCUCCCCAUAAGCCGGCCCUCGAUGCGAAAGGUGGUGAAGCUCCUGCAGGAAGCCGGCUCCGGCAGCAACAAGACUAGGAUCGCCAAAAGGGACGGCAAGUUGUCGCCUUAUUACUACUACGAAGACGACGCCUCCACCAAGAUAAACCACGCGUCCGAAGAUCCGGUGCGGAGCAUGAAAGAGCAGGGGAGCAAGUAAAGGGGAAAGAAAAAACUCCAUUGCAUCACCCCUGUCGGUGUCGGGUCUCAAAACAGUGGAGAGAUCUUCACUGAAGCAAAUUGAGUGUCGUUACAGCUGAGUGAAAAAUCUGAACUUUCUUGUGGUUUCGGCUGUUCCAAGAUUCCUAAGCCAGUCCUAGUUAGGCGACAGGAACAUGCGAACAGAGGACAUGUCAAACUUAAGACAUGGAAGUAGAUCUUCCCCC